GAUAUGUCCCUCAGAACUGCAGCUGUUCUCAGAUCAGUGGACCAGUUCCACCCGUCAGCUCAAGAGCCAGAGCUUCAGCACACCUUUGGUCGAAGAUUACAACUUAGCAAGGGUCACGAGUCCAUAAAACGUCUAUUCUUCUCUCGCGCUCGGACCGAUUCCCUCGUUGUUGGCGAGCAGGACUGCGGGGAGGUCCGCCGCGUUUUGACGGUGGCGCGUUCUCCUGGCGCAUGUCACUUCCUUCGCCGCGCUCGAGGCUUGGCGGGUGUUUUCCACGUGGGGGUCCCCACUUUGCGCAGGGAGUUCCUGGGACAAACCGAUCUCGUCAUGGAUCCCAUCACCUUCUACUUCCUGGCAAAUAUGUUGGUUCUAAUUUUGGAACAAGAAGGUUACUCUCUCUCCGUCGUUUCGGAUAGCGCCGCGUCGGACGAGGCCUCGCCGGCGGAGCCUGGCGGCGGAAGAGCGGCCCGUCGGGAGAAACGGUGCUCCUGCGAGAACCUGAAGGACAGGGAGUGCGUGUACUUCUGCCACAUCGGCAUCGUCUGGGUUAACACGCCUCGCCAGGUGGUACCAUAUGGGGUGGGCUCGCUCCCUGUCCGACUGAGAAGAGAUGUUGGGAAAUGUGUUUGCACAGACAACAGUGAUUCUGGAUGCCUUCAGUUCUGCAAAGCAUCACAUGUCCUAAAGAAACAAGUGGGAAUUACAACCUUCCAGAGAAUGCUUCCUUCCAAGUCACGGGAGAAAUAUGAGUGGAAUCUGAGUGAAAUGGAAAGGAAACGCAGCCUCCAUACAAAAGACCUGAAGAAGAGCUGAAAGACUGAGUAAUUCAGGGGAGAGAUCCAGUUUGUGAUGCAUUGGAGAAAUGGUUAAUCUGAGCACAGUAAAUUAAGAAAGAUGGAAACGUGGCUCGAAAGGGAAACUGACAUUGGCAGCUCAUCAGUGACACCAGCAAACACCUCUUCUUAGGAAGACCGUUCACAAGUCAGAAUGGUGAGAACAAUCCAUCAUCUGAUGUAUGAGAUUCUGCAAGAAUCCAGAAAACCCCCUUCACCUGCAACAUGGUCCGUUCUUUUAAAAAAACAUAUGUAUAUCUUUAUAAGAACAUUUAACAUUUAGCCAUUAACAGGGAAAUUGAACAAAUUACAUUUGCGUUUAAUUGUAUAUGCUGGUAUAUUUUGUUUUAAAUGUCAUUUCCCUGAAAAAUAUUAAACUAAUUUACUGACCUUUUCACAAAAAUGUGAAAUUUCUUUCAAAAAGCUCAAUUCGCACGAUAAUGGAGAAGCUCAAUAGACUGCAGCAGUUAUAGUCAAUAAAAG